AUGCAAAACGUCAUUGUAACCAUCAGUCUUCUUUCUUUACUCUUCUUAACAGAAGCACUACCAGCAACUGAUUCUCCCGCCGUUCUUCCAAUUUUUUCCGAGGAGCCUCAAGAUGCCUACAUCAUCAAGAACCGACCGGUGACGCUCUCCUGCCGGGCCCAGCCGGUCAUCCAGCUCUACUUCCAGUGCAACGGAGAGUGGAUGGCUGCCCAGAGACUAGAGCAUCAUGAAACAUUCGACGAUAUAGAAGAACAACUCAUGAUCAUUAGCAUCUCAAUCACCAAGGAAGAUGUGGAGCAAUACUUUGGCGUUGAAGACUACAGCUGCCAAUGCGUUGGAUGGAGUGAUGACGAUACGCACACAACGAGUAGUAAAGGAUACGUGCGUGUUGCAAGCCUGAAGAGACUUUUUGACAAUGAACCUCUUGGACAGCGCGUCCAGCCUCAACAGUCCAUCCAGUUACUAUGCCGACCGCCCUCUGGGGUCCCUGAUCCAACGGUAUACUGGGAGAAAAAUGGCGCCCGCAUCGACACGUCCGACGUGCACUUCCUGCAGACACAGGAGGGGUUGAUACUGAACCAGAUCAGAUUGGAAGAUAGCGGCAACUACACGUGUGUAGCAGAGAACAUCGCGGCAAAACGAGAAAGUGAAACCGCCCAAGUGAUCGUCUACGUUGAUGGCGGCUGGACAUCAUGGAGUCGCUGGACAGAGUGUGACGUCACCUGCGGCACAGGACUCCGGGAACGCAGACGUUCCUGUACCAAUCCGCCAAGGAAGAAUGGUGGUCAACAGUGCGGCGGGCAAGACAUACAGACCAUCUCAUGCACAGAAGAUUGCCCAGUUAAUGGUGAAUGGGGGAGAUGGUCGGAUUGGUCGACAUGUAGUGGCAACUGUCAGCAAGUUAGGAGUCGUUACUGCGACGACCCACCGCCCAAAAAUGGCGGUCAAGACUGCUUUGGCGAAAACUUUGAACGGAGGAACUGCACUGGCGGACGCUGCAGAAGUUUGAAAGUUUCCACAACCACCACAGCUCAUCCACCUGUUGCAGCUUCAGGAACAGACAACAAUGGCAAAGGCCCCCCUGUCGGUACGGUAAACGAGGACCCAAAAGUGAAAGACCCCAGUGAGGAUCAGAUCCCUCUGUACGUCGGUGUGGCCCUGGCGGCACUGGUUUUUCUUCUCGUCUUUGUCUUUAUGAUUGUCUGCAUAGCAACGCGUAGGAAGAGGCAAGGAUCAGGUUUCGCAGCUACAACUAGAGAUGAAUGUAAUUUGGCGAUGCUGUCCGUUCAACCAGAUCUGACGCAGUCGGCGCCUCACACCAUGUGCACACACGUCACCCUCCCCAACCACAAUUCAGAAAAGAUCCAGAUGACGCCAUCGCCCAUCUUCCCAACAGAGGCCUACUAUGAAGACCCCAAGGACAUCAAACCAAAUGGGAUGACGGUGACAUUCUCGGCCAAAAACGGCGUGAUGACCCACCUGAAUGAUUACUCCUCAGACUCGUCAAACUAUGCCGUGCCGAACGGGAACCCAAUAAUUGAUCCCUCCAUGCACCAGUAUAUACCCCUUGUCGGGCCGACGCAAGACUGCUGCCGCCAGAUACUCCACAACAGACCCCCCAUGGACUUGCCGUGUCGCAACAUCCUCCACAACGCGCCUCAGCAGCGUUGCUCUGAGCCUGACGGCGAAGACAACACCACAGCAUUUCACGAGCGACGGCUCAGAGACUCGGCCGUCCAUUCGUCCGAAGAGGAGAGCAUCUCGCCCGGAUCACCGUAUGGGUCCGAUCAGGGAAGGGCUCCCUCUAUUGUCAGCGCGGGGAUCCCAUCACACAUAGACUCGCACUGUAUGUCAUGGGGCAUGGUGAGCCAUCGUGGGGGGAGACUUGUCAUACCUGAUGCAGGUAUCAGUAUGUUUAUACCAGAAGGGGCUCUUCCAAAAGGUCACUCGGAGGACCUUUACAUUGCGGUCAGUCGGGACGUCAACGACCGUCCCCGGGUCAGCGGCAAGCAGACCAUUCUUAGUCCGGUGGUCAUCUGCGGACCACCGGGACUGACCUUUGCUAAGCCGGUCAUUAUCACCACGCCACACUGCGCCAACGGGAUGAGAGGGGAAUGGAGAUGUUCGGUGUACAGCAAUAUGUGCCGAUCUGGAGAACAGCAAGCUUGGGAGAAAAUUGCCAUAGUGGGUGAGGAGACGAUCAACACGCCCAUUUUCUGCCAAGUUGACAAGCGGCAGUGCUCAAUGGUGACCGACCAGCUCAGCUGGUUUGCCUUCCUGGGGGAAUCCCUGCCCAGCAAAGCUGCCAGUAAGGUGCUGAAAAUUGCCGUGUUUGGCCCCAUCCUGAGAGCCAUGAUGGACUACAGCAUCAAGGUCUACGUCAUGGAAGAUACACCUGAUACCUUAGAGAAUGUGAUCCAGAUAGAGCAGAGAUUAGGCGGUCGUCUCCUGCACAGACCCAAGCAGCUUCUCUUUACAGACACUGGCCACAAUCUGCGUCUGUCAAUCGAGGACAUCAUGCCUGGCUGGCAGUGUAAAGUUGCCUCUAACUUCCAGGAAAUCCCUUUCUACCAUAUUUGGAGUGGCGCGUCCAACACCUUGCACUGUGCCUUCACCCUGGGAAGGGUGGACCCCGCUAUCACCAUGGUGAGAUGUCGCAUCGAGGUCAUGCAGGGGUCAUCGCCCAACAACCGGCAGGUCAUCGAAAUAUCCAGAUGCGUGGAUGAUAUGUGUGACCACAGUCACUCGGAGCCUGACGUUGCAAUCUGCACCUCUGGAUAUGGCUCCAUGACCCUGGAAGCACCCAACAAAGCCUUCCGCUUGUCCAGACCAUUCAGAUCCCAGCUCUGCACGUUGCUGGACCCACCGAGAAGCAGAGGAAACGACUGGAGAAUGCUGGCCUCAAAACUAGGGGUGGAUGGCUACAUCAACUACUUUGCCAUCAAGCCCAGCCCGACUGACCAAAUCCUAGACCUCUGGGAGGCUAGACAUCGUGAGGAGGGCGCUGUCCUAGACUUGGCAAGAGUCCUGCAAGAGAUGGGCAGGCAGGACGCGCUGGCUGUGGUUGAGAAACAGUUGGGAGCCUGGAUGUAAUCUGAGAAGCAGGUGAGUAGGACAAGUGCAGGUGGUAUCUGGAACACAUGUAAGUUAGGACAGCAAUAAACAGCUGUAGGUGCUCAGAGCAACUGGAACUACAAGGUGUAUGGACUUGAACAGGUGCUUGGAACACAUUCAGUUGCU